AUGAUUGAGUCGUUAAAAUGUGUCCAGUAUUUCAAAGGAGAUCCUUUAGAUGAGUUAACUUCAUCAUCACCAUGUUUACCUCCUCUACAACCUUCACGAACACACAAGGUGUUCUUUCGUUGUGACAGUAACCCUGUAAAGCCACCUAUACCAUAUCCUGAUGACUAUCAGGAUAAGUGGAACGGAUUGUUUGUUCGUAUGCCAUGUUCUCCUGAAAGCGUUUAUCCGGUUUAUGAAGGUGGUGCUAAUAGCCUUAUUUCUAGAUGGGUCGUGAUUGAAAAGGCAUUGAGAAAUAAGAUAAAAUCUUCUGACGAGUUGAAGGAAGCUAUUCUCUCCUACAACUAUCGUUUCAAAUCCUACUGGAAUUUUAAAACAUUAGAACAAUUAUGUAUGAUGAACCUGAUCCCCGAUGGUGGAAACGAUAAUUUCUUCGGUAACACUCUUUCCGGAAUCUGUUCGUUAGCACUAAAUUUGCCUAUUUUUGUUACAAAACCUAUUCCUUUACUAUCAUGCCGAAAAGAAUGCGCACUUACUUUAAGUCAACUCCAGAUAGCCAGUCUUUUGGCAAAUGCUUUGUUUUGUACAUUUCCUAGACGUAAUUGUCACAGUCAAGAUGCAGAAUAUGUUAAUUUCCCUCAGAUCAAUUUCUCUCAUUUACUGUCAGCAAAAGCCGACAGUAAAUAUAAUACAAGCAGGACACUUCAUGUCAAAAUUGAAAAGCUACGUUGCAUCUUACACUAUUUUCAUCGUGUUCUUCAAAAGUUUCCUACAGGAUCAGUUACAUUUACAAGACGCUGUCUAGGUAAUUUGUCACCAGAUUGGUCGAGGAGCGAAUUAACAUUUGAUCAGUUGCGUUUACAUGUCAAUGCCACAGGAUCAAUUACUGAUGCUGGUCCAAACACCUUACAAGUUGAUUUCGCCAACAGUUAUCUCGGUGGUGGUGUUUUAAAUAGUGGAUGUGUACAAGAAGAAAUUAUGUUUGCUUUACGACCAGAAUUGUUGGUCAGUUGCUUAUUUGUCGAGCGUCUGGGGUUUGAUGAGACACUUAUUAUUGAAGGUGCUGAACAGUAUUCCGUAGGUUCUGGCUAUGCUGAUGAUUUCUGUUGGGCUGGCGAUUUUAUUCAUUCGGAUAGUGGGAUGAAACGUUUAUAUUGUAGACGAAAGGCUGUAAUUACAAGAGCGUACUUGCUCAGCUCAGUUCUUUUGAAUAGUAGUUUACUCAUCAAUAUUGCUUAUUUAUACUAUGAAUAUAGUUCUUCUUGA